ACAAAUGACCAGGUACAAGCAGAUACAAAUGACCAGGUACAAGCAGGUAUAAAUACAAGUGGACAGGUAGAUACAGUGGUACAGAUAGACGUAAAGACACCUGACCAGGUACAAGUAGAGGUAGCAGCAGGCAUACCCGACCAAGCUGAUACAAAUGACCAGGUACAGGUAGCCACUGGUACACCUGACCAGGUACAAGUAGCCACUGGUACACCUGACCAGGUACAAGUAGCCACUGAGCCAUCUGACCAGGUACAGUCGUGUACCUCUUCUUAUAUUUCUGUACCCGUUGAUGGUGGUGACUUAGAGUAUACUCAUCCAAGCAUAGUUUAUGAAGUUGACUGGUCAGCUGAAGCACAGAAGGACUCAGUCCCAUUAAUAUCUGGCACAUCCACAGGUGUAUCUGCGUAUCUACAGGAGUGUGAACAGGCCCACUGUAAUAAGGCAUCCAGUGGUACUGGUGACUUAUUCCAUAGUGUAAGUAACACAUCUGCAGCAGACCCACUCAUUACAGAUUUAGAACUAAGCCCACUCUUCUUAAAGCAGAAGACAAAGCAUGACUUACUCAUAUAAUAAAUCACA